AUGGAGACGAAUCCGCCGAAGCGGAAGGAAACGCGCAAAUCGCUGCGGAUUAAAGUCAUCUCCAUGGGCAACGCGGAGGUGGGCAAGAGCUGCAUUAUAAAGCGUUACUGUGAGAAGAGGUUUGUGCCCAAGUACCUGGCUACCAUUGGCAUCGACUACGGUGUCACAAAAGUGCAGGUCAGAGACCGAGAGAUCAAGGUGAACAUUUUUGACAUGGCAGGGCACCCAUACUUCUACGAGGUGAGGAAUGAAUUUUACAAGGACACACAGGGGGUCAUCCUGGUCUAUGAUGUUGGACAAAAGGAGUCUUUUGACGCACUGGAUGCAUGGCUGGCUGAGAUGAAGCAGGAGCUGGGCCCACACGGGAACAUGGAGAACAUUGUCUUUGUUGUCUGUGCAAACAAGAUUGACUGCAGCAAGCACCGCAGCGUGGACGAGAGCGAGGGCCGGCUCUGGGCGGAGAGCCGCGGCUUCCUGUACUUCGAGACGUCAGCACAGACAGGAGAAGGGAUCAACGAGAUGUUCCAGACUUUCUACUCUGCCAUCAUUGACCUGUGUGACAACGGUGGGAAGCGCCCUCCCUCCAGCAUGGGCGUUGGCUUCACCAAAGAGCAGGCAGAUGCCAUCCGCAGGAUCCGCAACAGCAAGGACAGCUGGGACAUGCUGGGGGUCAAACCCGGAGCCACGAGGGACGAAGUGAACAAAGCCUAUCGGAAGCUGGCGGUGCUGCUCCACCCGGAUAAGUGCGUGGCUCCCGGCAGCGAGGACGCCUUCAAAGCUGUCGUGAACGCCCGGACUGCACUUCUCAAGAACAUCAAGUAG